AAAAACUAUUUGAUAUUAUGUUAAAGUUUUUUGAAUAUACUUUUAAAAGUAUCGUUAAAACAACCACGAAAGUUUAGGAAAUCCCCCCAUUUAUUAUUUUAAUAAAAUAGAUGUCACUAUUAUAAAACUGAAAACGAAUUGAGAAGGUAAAAAGAUUUAUUGAACAUGAAAUGCUUGAAUGAUCAUGCAAAUCAAUAAUUCACCCUCAUGUUUACUUAAUCAUGCUUAGCAACGACGUUUUUCGACAAAGUUUAUGUACAAAACGCUCGAGAGCCACUUGUCCCGACAAAAAUUUCACACGGAUAGCGUUUAUCUAAGGAUAUCUGUUUGUUGAAAAAAUAUGACAUCGACUGCCCUGACUACGACGCCUCUGUCGUUUUAUGCAUUUGAACGGCAGGCGUCGUGUGUGCAUCCAGAAAGUUCAGAAUUCAAUCUUGGAUUGGCUAUGGAAUUAGAAUGUUCAAAAAACUCUGCAUGUGGUGAAUGUGACGCCUGCAAAACUAAAGAAGCUCUAAAAAAUAUUUUGCCGUGGUUUAGAAGAGCCGGGACGGAGACUAGAAAGAACUUUAUUCUUAAUUUAAUAAGAUGCUGUCAUUCAGCUGAUCUAUUAAGACAAAUCUGUCGGCUACUGGAUCCACUUCGUUCCAAAGACUUUACUUAUUCAAGAUCCCGUACAGCUCCCAGUUUAUCUUCCGACAAAGCUACAACUAGCUCGAAUAGAGCCUUAAAUAGGAGAGAUUUAGAGAUAAACUUUGCAAAAUUAUGUAAAUUCUUUGAACAUUCGUCAUAUUUCAUCAAAAUUAACUUUCUCCUAAGAAUAUUUAACGAAUGCGAAGCGCACCUACUAUUCGUUGUUUUAUCAUAUGCCACAACUCUUCUCGUUUCCGAAAGGAACGGAAGUGCAACUCCGGAAGUUGAUAGCGUGCGUUCAUCAACUUAUACUUUUGAAUCUGGUGAACAGCACGAACUAUUAAGAGCUAGUCCUUCAUAUAGCGUUUUAACUCGUUCGCCAAUUAGCGGUAAGACUUUACCAAUUUCAACGCCUUAUUUCGACGAUACUGACGAUGAAGGGUUUGAUGACGAGUCACUAGAAUCAAUCGAUCCAGCUUGUGUCGUUGUUCCAGCGUCAACUAAAGCUCAUUCAGGAGUAUGUAAAUACAAAGAUUUCGUAAGAUUCCUACCAGUUCACUUGGCUAAAAAUAUUUUGGGCUUUCUGGAUCAGUCGUCCCUUCAUAAUUGUAUAUGCGUUAGUAAAAAUUGGAGAUCUCUAGCUGAAGAAGUUCAUAAAGAAUUCUUCGUAAAUCAACAUUUAAGAGAGGAUGUAAUGCUUAUGCAGGUAUGAAAAAUGACUUGUUAAUUAUUGAUUACAUACGUUCCUAAGCGUUUAAACAAAAGAAUGAGACGAUUUUGUCAGAUUAGAUUGAAACCAGAGUACCGAUGAUAGUGGAUAUCGAAGCAAAACCCGGUACCAUCUACAAAGGUUCUGCUUCGCAAGCCUGUAAUCCAGUCUACGCCAAGGACGUCGAUGUUAUUGUUCCAAAUCUAGUGCCAGGUACAUGGGAUGUUAUAAGAACGGGAGAUGAGAAACGUCUAAAAUUUAAGAGUGAAGUAACUUUCGAAUCAGCCUACCAAGGCUAUUCAACUCGGAAAGUAAUAGUAGAAGAAAGGAACGUCUUCUGUGGAGCUUAUAAUGUAAUGGUUCUAAGUAGCGAUAACGAUAAAACAAGAGUAAUCCACACUGACGGCCAGAAAUGGAUAGCAUACGGUGGCGGUGACCGAAAGGUUAAGUUUCUUGAUGCUACAAAUGGUCAUCAAACUGGUCCCGUUAUACAUGGACAUGCCGGAUCUAUUAAAUGUAUUGCCCUUUGUGAAAAGGAACGCUUCGUGCUUAGUGGUAGCUAUGAUACAAGCAUACGCUGUUGGUCUCUGGAUACGGGAAAGUGCCAAAAGAUUUACAGGGGUCAUCAAGGUACAAUAAAUUGCUUGGUAACGUUUUCGAACCGAGCUUGCUCAGGUUCAAAAGAUAAAACAUGUAGAGUUUGGGAUAUAGCCAGCGGUAAAUGUGAAAAAAUAUUCAAGCAUAGACAUUCAAUUAGCGCCGUUCGUCUGACUGACGAAAAGUGCGUUAGCGGAUGUGAGGCGGGCAAGAUAAAAGUUUGGCAUUUAUACUCUGGCUCUUUAAUAAAGAAAUUAAGCGGCCAUCAUCAAGCUAUCACAAGUUUACAGUUAGAUAAUUGGCAUAUUGCGUCGGCUAGUAGGGAUCAAUAUGCUCUUUUGUGGAGUAGUCAGGGAAAGUUUACAAAAUGUCUAAAUGCACUUAGACACCCAAGACCAGUUUCCGCUAUUUCAAUGAUGUUUCUUAGAAUAAUCACAGCCUGUGAGGAUGGUAAACUAAGAAUAUGGAAUGGCCUUACUGGCCAAUGCCAAAGAGUAAUUAGGAGUAACAGUCGAAGCGAUCCCAUUGUCAAUAUGUAUGCUAUUGAUGACCGAAUAACUAUUAAUACAAUUAAUAAUGUAUUGACCCUUACUUUUGAAAAAAUUGAAUACGACUACACAUUAAAAGAUGAUAAAUUGCCUUCGCUGAUUAAAUAUAAAAAAUAUGGAGACGCUCCUGUUCGAAAACAUAACUAUGCCUAUUAUAGAGCUAAUAGGAUGAAGGUUGCUGGAGCAUCUGACAGAAGAAUACUAGGUAAAACCAAAGAAGAUUUAAGCGAAAAAGUAUAUAAAAAAUCGCAAGAACAAGUAUCUCAUAGUGCCAAGAGUCUAUCUAAAGCCAAUUUAGCAAGUGCCAAACGUAUUCAGAGUGCUAUUACCAGAGAUUCGGGUUAUUGCAGUUCGCCUGGACUUAGGGACUUAAUUGAUAGGAGUGAAAUCAGGACAGUUAGUCGAGAAAGAUCGAAAACAGCCACUCCACAACAACCUCACGACAUCGAUUCGAUAGCGAAGCCGGAAAACCCUAAAGGUCCGGCUGAUCUUUCUUCAGGCAUGAACAAGAGGCGCCGUCGAGUUUCAUGGUCAUUUGAUAAUCGUACCCUACCGCGUUCCAAAAAAUUAACGCUUUCGGAAAUGAAAACACUCCUAAGAUCUCAGAUUCGAAUUAAAGGCGAAGUACCGCCUCCAGAUUUCAUAUACUUGAGCGUGAAUGCUAUACAAAAUAAAAUGAAACCAGACAGAGCCCUUAAAGAGAUCGAAAUAAACGAAGGACGCCGGAAAGAGGAGUUGGACGAUUACAAAAGACACAAUCGACCCUUUUCGUCCCCCAGUCGAAUUGAUCCAAGAACGAAAAUGUACGUGGACGAUAUGAACUGGAGAAAUCUACUCUCGCCGAACGGAUUCCAUGACGAUGAGGAUGCUGUAUCAAUUGAAUCAUCUUAUGUCAGCUCAAUAUCAUCUAUCCGAGAAGAAAUUGAAGAACCGAGGAAUUCAACUAUCGUAAGAGAAUAUGCGCCUGUCUCCAUAGAAAAGAAGAGGAUAGCUAGUGCUCACUCAGUGAAAACGAAAACAAGUAUUCCUAAAGCAGAGCACGUUCGACCUCAAACAUCGAUUGAAAGACGUUCGACAAGUGAAGAGAAGAAAAUUUGUAGUCUCCGAUCAAAGUCGGUCGGCCCAACAACGAAGAAGAAUCGUAUAACGACAUCGGCUAGAGAAAUUACCCAGGUUCCAAUGCUCAUGUACCCUGAAGCUUUAAAAACGUCCAAGCUGGCCGAAGAAGUUAGAAGAAGGCGGAUAGAAAAGCAGAAAGAGCGUAAUGAUGCUCUUGAAAAUGACCCUUUAAAAGAUAAUGUUAAAUUUGAGUUAUUAACGCACGACGAAGUUAGCCAGCAGUUAAAAGAUAUUGAAAAACUAUUCGAAGAGAGGGAUAAACAAGCCGAGCUUGAUAAGGAAAAACGACAGAGGGCGCUCUGGUUAACAAGAGUAAAGCAAAACAUGAACAAGAACAAUCUUUCAAAGACGUGAAAGAACACAAAAAGAUAGAGAGCAAGGACAACAUUAAAUAUUCAAAACAAAGUUAAAUUGUUUUCAAUAAUAAACUAGGUCAUAAAUCAAUUAAUAAAUUAAUACUAAUUACAAUUUUACUUUUGACGAGCAAAAGCAAAAAGAGGUUGACGCUAUUAUUUGAAUAUAAAAAAGAGAAAAUGAUUAACAGUAAUAAAAACAUGAAAUAAAAUGGAAGAAACUUCAUUUCCGGUUGGUUUUGUAUAUUAUUUUAAUUAUUUAAAGUGAUUAAAUAAGUGAUUAAUCUAAAAUGAAGACACGUAGACUAAGUUAUAAAAAAUGUU